AUGACCAGGCCACCCUCAGUGUUGCUAGUCGUCUCCGAACCAGGAUCUCCCCCUCCUCCUUCGGCCGUUCCUCAAGGGAGUCCAGCGGUGGCAUCCGGACCGCUCCCAACCAUCAGUAGAAAGAGGCCAGCAUCGGAUGCAAACCGCGCAGGUCGGCAGCCGGCACCAAAGCGUUCAAGAACGAGCAAGGGUGGAUCGCGCUCCCAGCAUCCACGACGGACAGCAAAUCCGGUCGGACAGCCUCAAGCUUGUCCGGACUACGAGAGCAAUGCCCUCAGCCAGCACAACCUUACAUCAAGCACCUCCAACUGCGAGGAUAACAUCCUCGCAGAUGAAAUAGUCCCCGACACUGUAACCGUGUUGGGACGAGGGCCGCCACCGUCGCGGCCAGCAAAAAGGACUCGACAGGGGAACAAAAAGAAGACACCGUAUCUCAGCACCGAGUUCAAUUGCCACAUCUGCAAGACCGGCUUUGUUAGGCUGCCCGAAUUGGAGCGCCACAACGGGACCGCAGGGCAUGCAGAGCAAGCCCGUCAGGAAGGCAUUGAGGUGGUCAUCGAGGUCAACGACUCGUUGAGGUGCCCAGUACCGCGCUGUAAGAUCGUCAAGCCGUACAGCCGGCGGGACGCGCUCAUGCGGCACAUGCGCGAGAAACACCCUAGAGUCCCGAUUCCCCGAACCUGA